AAGGGCACUAAAAAGCCCCAAAUCCGUGGAUCGUCCUCCUCCUCCUCCUCCUCCAUCGUGUUCUUCGACCUUCUCCUCCACCUCUCUCUCCCCAUCCAUGGAGAACCCUAGCUCCUCUUCCUUCUCCUCCUCCUCGUCGUCGAAGCCCAACACCCCUUCUUCGAUCCCCAAGCCCCACCUCCACCUUGAAACCCCUCCUCGUCCCUUCUCCUCCCUCGCGUCCUCCUCCUCCGCCGCCUCCUCCUCCCGCACCAUCUACAGCGAUCGCUUCAUCCCCAGCCGCUCCGGAUCCAACUUCGCGCUCUUCGACCUCUCCCCGCCCCCGCGCCGCGCCGCAUCGUCGUCGUCCUCGCCGUCCCCUUCGUCCUCCUCGGAUCCGGCGAGGGAGGAGGGGUCCAGCGCCUACGCCGCGCUCCUCCGCUCCGUGCUCUUCGGCCCCGAUGGCGCCGCCGCCGCCGCCCCCGACACCCCCGAUCGAUCCUCUGCUCUCGACGGGCGCGUCGCUUCCUCGUACGGCUCCUCUUCGUCGUCCUCGUCCCCCUUCUCCACUCCCAGUAGGAAUAUCUUUAGGUUUAAGUCCGAGGUGCCGAGGGUUUCGAGCAGAGCCUUGUUCGAGGACUCUUUUCAUGGGGCUCUCCCCACCCCCCCCAAGGGGCCCAGGAAGGUCCCGCGAUCUCCGUUCAAGGUGCUCGAUGCGCCGGCGUUACAGGACGAUUUCUAUCUGAACCUUGUGGAUUGGUCUUCUCAUAAUGUGCUUGCGGUGGGUCUGGGCAAUUGCGUCUAUCUAUGGAAUGCUUGUAGCAGCAAGGUCACGAAACUCUGCGACUUGGGUGUCGAUGACAGCGUCUGCUCUGUCGGGUGGGCGCAGCGUGGCACUCACUUGGCUGUCGGGACGAACCAGGGGAAAGUUCAGAUAUGGGAUGCCUCUCGCUGUCGGCGUAUUAGAACAAUGGAGAGCCAUCGCAUGCGAGUUGGGGCUCUAGCAUGGAGUUCUUCACUGUUAUCUUCUGGUAGUCGUGACAAGACAAUACAGCAGCAUGAUAUUCGUGCCCAGGAAGAUUAUGUUAGCAAGCUUGUCGGGCACAAAUCAGAGGUUUGUGGACUAAAGUGGUCUUAUGAUAACCGUGAACUUGCAUCAGGUGGAAAUGACAAUAGAUUAUUUGUAUGGAAUCAACAUUCGACACAACCCGUGCUUAAGUACUGUGAGCACACAGCAGCUGUAAAAGCUAUUGCCUGGUCACCACAUCUUCAUGGGCUUCUUGCAUCGGGCGGCGGUACUGCAGAUAGAUGCAUCCGCUUUUGGAAUACGACCACCAACACUCACUUGAGUUGCAUGGAUACUGGCAGUCAGGUCUGUAACCUUGUGUGGUCAAAGAAUGUUAAUGAACUUGUUAGUACCCACGGAUACUCUCAAAACCAAAUUAUUGUCUGGCGAUACCCGACAAUGUCAAAGCUUGCUACACUGACUGGCCAUACUUAUAGAGUCUUGUAUCUCGCUAUCUCUCCUGAUGGACAGACUAUCGUGACAGGUGCUGGUGAUGAAACACUAAGGUUUUGGAAUGUGUUUCCUUCUCCUAAGUCACAGACUUCCGACAGCCUAAGCGAUAUCGGAGCCACUUCAUUCGUCAGAAGUCACAUCCGAUGAUCUCAUGUACUGGUUUUUUGUUUUUUUUGGGUACCACGAAGCUCCAACUGUAAAGCUAUCAGUUUUUGGUUAUCUGAUAACAGCUUUACCUACAAAGGGUGGUGAUCAUCAGCAACAAAAUGACUUGUUUUAUAUAUGCUGCUUUUACUCCGCCACGCCGGCAUUAUCUCGUGCCGCUUUCGCUCCUCAGACCAUCUCAUCAACCUUAGUCAUGCUAACUAACCAAGGUCAUCGGAACCUUGCAAACUAUCCAUGAUGAAUCGAUCGGCAAUCAUUUAUUUAUUUAUGGUCAUAUUCCUCCAUCUUUAUUUCGCCGAUAAUUGUAGAUAUCUAAUGGUAACAGCUGUGGCAAUGAGUAUGUGCUGUACUGAGAACUGUUUUGCAUCAUCAUAUUCUGGCCUCUAUCAUGUCUCCCAUGUGGAUUUUUUCAUCGAUAUAUUUCAACUAUAAUUAUACAUUGCGUCUCC